GCAGCUAGUUUAAUGCAACGCUGAAUAGAUAAAUUAGUUACAAACUUUAAAUGAGAAUUCUGAUUACGUGUUUGGUCAGGUGCUUUCAGUUGCCCCAGAGAACUUUGUUAAUAAGUUAGUUAUACAACUAACUAGUUCUCCUAAAAUCAAACUAAAAAUAUAAUAAAAAGUUAUGGCACAGCUACCCGUAACCUAUAGCGCGGAGGAAAGAAUUUGGAGUGGUCUUCCCGUAGCCUGCAGAACUAAGGAUGUUCCCUCUUUGGGUGAAAUUAUAUUCAACAAUAUGAAAAAGUGCGGCCAGAACGUUUGUCAAAUAUGGGAUGAUGAAGAUGUGAUAGUGACCUUUGAUCAGGCGCUCUCUUGGGCCAUUCGGCUGGCAGAGUUCUUCAAGAAGCGUGGCCUAGGCCACAAGGAAGUCAUUGGUAUAUCAGCAGAAAACUCCAAGUAUUUGCUGUCCCUAGGGGUGGCCUGUCUGAUGAAUGGAACCCCAUUUCACUCGCUUAAUCCUGUGCUGGAUAGAGACACCCAUCAACAACUCUUCAUGCUAACCAAGCCUUUGCUGGUUUUUUGCGAUGGAAAAAUCUAUGAAAAAAUAUACAAGGCCACAUUUGAAUGGCAACCAGAGAUAUAUAUUCUCACCGAUCAAGUUGAAGGAGUGCCUAGCAUAGAACUACUGCUGGAACCUACCACGACUGAGGAGUUUUACAAACCGGAACCCCUGAAGGAAGGCGGCGAUCAAACUGUGGCCAUACUCUGCUCUUCAGGAACAACUGGUCUGCCCAAGGCUGUCUGCAUUUCCAAUAGAAGUCUUCUACCCACACCGUCAGCCUUGUUGAACAGCGAUUCCGUUGGCUUUUCCUAUGCUGCCCUCGACUGGAUCUCGGGCGUGGCAAGUUUUAUUUCCCACACAGCCUUUGGCUUUACACGAAUCUUGAGCAGAACUCUAGUCACUCCUGAGUAUCUUGUGCAGCUCGUGGAAAAGUACAAGAUAAGCACCAUUGUACUUGCGCCAUUCCGCCUGUCUGCCCUGAUCAAUUGUCCAGCGGCCAGCUCAGAGUCCUUGGCCUCUCUGCGCUGUGUUUUCUGCAGCGGUGGCAUUGUUUCCGGGGCUUCACUUCAGCGAUGCCAGAAGCUCUGCAAGAAUGCCACCUUCAGUCAGAUUUAUGCCUUGACUGAAGCGGGUAAUAUAUCUAUGGCUCUGAGCACCGAGAAUGGUAAUUCGGUGGGCAGGCCACUGCCGGGUGUUAAAAUUCGCAUUGUAAGCGAGGAAGGUGAGAACCUGAAGCACAACCAGGUGGGAGAGAUCUAUGCACACACUGAGUUGGUUUGGCGAGGUUAUUACGGGAAUCCAGAAGAAUCUCUACGCUUUAGGGACUCUGAGGGUUGGUUUCAUACAGGAGAUCUGGGUUACUUUGAUGACCAGAACCUACUCUACAUAGUUGACCGUUGCAAGGACACCCUCAAAUACCAGGGGCAGCACUACUGGCCAGGUGAGAUUGAACAGGUUAUAUUGGAGCUCUGCCAAGUUCAGCAUGUUUGUGUGGUGGGAAUCUACGACGAGAAAGUGGGUGACGAGGCGGGUGCCCUAGUUGUAAAGAGAAAGGGGUUACCCUUACAGGCAGAGGAGAUUGUGGAUCAUGUGGCCCAGCGUUUGCCCAAGUUCAAGCAACUCCAUGCCGGAGUGCAGUUUGCCGACGAAAUGCCAGUGAAUCAAAAUGGAAAAAUCUUAAAAAAGGCAGCUCGCGAAAUAUUUUUGGCCAAACGAAAACUAAUUUAGAUUCUUAAUAGAAUAUAAAUAAAUCUUGGAGUC